AUGUCGGCAGCUUGGACAAUGACCAAGGCCUUUCACAAGGCGCCCUACCCGUCCAUCUCACCCCAGCGCCCGGAGCUCUCUCAAGCGGGGAAGACGGUGCUGGUCACCGGUGGCACUAGAGGGAUAGGCUAUUCUAUUUCUCGGGCCUUUGCGGUGGCCGGGGCAAGCAAGGUUAUCAUGCUCGCGCGGCGCGCUAAUGUCGGCGCCGAAUCUGUUGCUUCUUUAACGGAGGAACUCAAGAAAGAGAACCAAGGCACCGGUGCCGAAAUAUCCGCGCUUCAGGUCGAUGUGUCUAAUGCGACUUCUGUCGCGGCGCUUUGGCGACGACUUGCGGAAGAGGGCAUCAAGGUCGACGUAUUGGUACUCAACGCAGCGAUCACAGCUCCCUCAAAACCCAUUCUGGAGCUUGGAACUGAGCAUCUAUGGUCCAGCGAUUAUAAUAUGAACGUGCGCGGGCAGCUAGAUAUGGCGGAGAGAUUUUAUAAACAGGAACACGAUAAGACGAAGACCAAGAAUGCGUUUGCGAUAGCAUUACAGCACGCAGCAGAGGAUAUCCCGCCUGAGAAGAUGCAGGUCCUGCUCUUCCACCCAGGCGGACAUUACACAGACACUGCACGGAGUGCAGGUUACCCCGAAGAUUUUAUGCCAUGGGAUGAUAUUAACCUCCCAGGUCACUUUGCUGUCUGGGCUGCUUCUCCUGAGGCCUCAUUUUUACACGGUCGAUUCGUGUGGGCAGCUUGGGACGUAGAUGAGAUGAAGAGCGGAGACCUGAGAAAACGUAUCGAUGAGGAGAAGGCGUUCUUAAAGGUCGGCGUUAAUGGCUUGUGA